CGCCACCUUUCGGUGACUUUUUGUCAUUUCUCGUAGGGACGAUAGAGUCACAUGUGAUUGCUUCGCGUAUAAGACUAACGUAAACAAAAUGUCGAAAACUGUGAGAGGGUUAAAAUCUGCCAAAAAAUUAGUUCAAAAAGUGAUUCAUACAACGCCAAUGAAAACAUAUAUUCCUGCAGGAAUGGCUUCACCUAAUCCUCCGCUAGGACCGAGUUUAGGACAGCGAGGUCUUAAUAUUGCACAGUUUUGUAAGGAAUUUAAUGAAAAAACUCAACAUAUUAAAGAAGGAAUUCCACUUCCUUGUAAAAUUUCUGUAAAUCCUGAUAGAAGUUACAAUUUAGAAUAUAUUAAUCCACCCAUAAGCUACUUUUUAAAGCAAGCAGCUGGAAUAGAAAGAGGUGCUAUGCAACCUACUAAGGAGACCAUAGGCAAAGUAACUGUGAAGCACGUGUAUGAAAUAGCAAAAAUUAAAAGCAAAGAUUCUAUCUACGAUUGUGUGCCAUUGGAAAAGAUUUGCAAGGACGUUAUUAGAAGCGCACAUACGAUUGGAAUUCAAGUAGUUCAUCAUUUAGACCCCAAAGAAUAUGGUGAAUUCUUAAAAGAAAAACAAGAAUUUGUGGCAGAACAGUUACGCGAAAUAGAAGAAAAGAGGCAAGCAAAAUUACUUAGAACUGCGUAAUUAUCUUCUAUAAUUACACUAUUGCAAUUAAUAUAAAUGUAGUAAAUUUGGUUAUAGUAAAAUGCAAACUUUAAAAUAAGUUG